CCAUCCAAACAACAGCCUUUCUUUCUCUCUCCUUAAAAUCCCCCCUUCCUUCACCUCUCAUUGUGGUUCUCUUUCUCUCUCUAUCUCCCUCUCUCUCAUCGCUCUCUCUCCCCUCUGUGUCUCCGCGUUCUCUUCUCACACAAUCUCAUCCUCCCUAAGAGAUUCGUCGUCGCCUUCUCGAUCCCCCAACUGCAAUCAUGAGUGACGAGGGAGAAAAGACUUGUCCUCUUUGCGCUGAGGAGAUGGAUUUGACGGAUCAGCAAUUGAAGCCCUGCAACUGUGGAUAUGAGAUAUGUGUUUGGUGUUGGCAUCACAUAAUGGACAUGGCUGAGAAGGAUGAGUCGGAGGGCCGUUGCCCUGCAUGCCGUACUCCUUAUGACAAGGAAAAGAUAGUGGGGAUGGCUGGGAAAUGUGAAAGCAGAUUGGUGGCAGAAAUCCACAUGGAGAAAAAGAUGAAAUCACAGAAAGCAAAGACCAAAUCGUCCGAAGGGCGGAAGCAGCUCAGCAGUGUGCGGGUGAUUCAAAGGAACCUUGUAUACAUUGUUGGGUUGCCUCUGAAUCUGGCAGAUGAAGAACUUCUCCAGCGUAGAGAAUAUUUUGGUCAGUAUGGGAAGGUUCUCAAAGUAUCCAUGUCUCGAACGGCUGCUGGUGUUAUUCAGCAAUAUCAAAACAAUACUUGUAGUGUAUAUAUUACUUACUCGAAAGAGGAUGAAGCCAUUCGUUGUAUUCAAAAUGUACAUGGGUUCGUCUUGGAGGGUAGAUCUUUGAGGGCUUGCUUCGGAACCACAAAGUAUUGCCAUGCAUGGCUGAGAAGCGUGCCAUGCACCAAUCCCGAUUGUUUGUAUUUGCAUGAGAUUGGGUCUCAAGAGGAUAGUUUUACAAAAGAUGAAAUAAUUUCAGCUUACACAAGGAGUAGGGUUCAACAAAUUACUGGUGCUGCAAACAAUGUGCAACGCCGUUCAGGGAAUGUUCUACCACCACCUAUUGACGAUUAUUGCAAUAACAGUUCUGCUUCUUCUGGAAAACCUAUAGUAAAAAAUGUGUCAAGUAAUACUGGAAAUAUUGCUAGAGGUUCUCCUCCAAAUGGAAGUUCUGGUAGAUCUAUUGCUCUUCCAGCUGCAGCCUCAUGGGGUAUGCGUGGUUCAACAUGCCAACCACAAGCUGCAAAUUUAACAUGUACAAAUGGAACCUCAAAACAGAAACCUGACACAGCUAGCAAUACAUUGGCAUUUUCGUCAACAGUUGCAGCUGCUACUCAGAGUUACACAUUGCAUGGUGAUGGAGGGAAGAGACAAGCAUUAAUUGAGGAAGGUCACAAUAUCGAUGCUAAAGUUAAACCAGAAACAUUGAGGUCUGUGAAACAGCAUAGUAACUUGGAUUUUCGAAACAGUAUGCCUGAGAAACCUGCUGCACUCGAUGGAGGUUUUUCUGUAAAUUUGAGCAGUCAGAUCUCUUGUCCACCAGUAUUGAAAGACAAUGAUAAAGGUAUUAAUAUGCCACCAAACAUUUCAGAUGACAAUGACCAGGACAGGCAGUCCUCCACUUCUUCUGGUCAUGAAAAUGAACUGCUCAUGAGUUCUGAUGGUCGUAUCCAGAAUUUAUGCUCUGAAAUGUCUUCAAUGAGCACGGAUAGAAAUGUCAUGGAUGAACACUCUGGUAUAACUUCACCUAGUGGUGGAUUUUCUGAUCACUCCUUUAUUAAACCACCUCAGGGUCAAGGGCUGAAACAAUAUUAUACCGAUCAAUCUAGAGAACCUUCUAGAAUAGCUCAGAAAGCUGUAUCAUCAAUUGAUGAAGUUUGCGUUUCAAGAGAUCAGUCUGACUGGAUAUCAGAUUCACGGACACAAGUGGUGCCAAGUACAUCUUCUGAGUUGGAAGAAGACAUAAUAUCUUUUGACAAUCAACGGCUUAAGGAUCCUGAAGUUGUUAGUCUUUCUAAUUAUUUUCCAAAUUCUUCCAAGUCACUCCAUACUUCAUUUCAGCAACAACAUGAGGCUUACUCAGCGGUUAAUUCAAAUGCCGAUCGGCUAUUUGUGGAUAACAAACUUAGGGACAGUUCAAUGACAUCUAACGGGUACCCUAAUAACUUUGGAAAUGGCUUUAUUGGUUCUGAUAGAACGUCAGAGCAUUCCUUUUUGCAUCUAAAUGAGGAUACAGGAAAGCACCUGGGAAGAUUCCUGGGUGAAGCUGCUAGUGCUGAUGCCAAUUCUAUUGUAGAUAAAGGGGAAAGCAGCAUAAUUUCGAAUAUAUUGUCUCUUGAUUUUGAUACUUGGGAUGAAUCAUUAACAUCACCUCAGAAUUUGGCUAAAUUGUUGGGAGACGAUGAAAAGCAGUCUGGAUCUCACAGAAUAUCAAGUUCUUGGAAGGGGCAAACUAACAAUCAGUCCAGGUUCUCAUUUGCAAGACAGGAGGAGUCUGUAAACCAAGCAUUUGGCGUACAGCCAUCUCUUGGUGUAAUUGGUCAUAUGUCUAGUAACCGGCCUUUCAGCCAUGACUUUGCUGAUAGCAGAGACCGAUAUCUUGAUAAGAUUGGGUUUGGUAAUGGUUUCUCAUCCAGUAAUUUUGAAGAGUCUGAGAAUCAUGCUAGCAGCCAUUCAGCUUUCCCUCCAAAUAAGCAUUCUGCAGUUUCAAGGGCUCAAAUAUCUGCUCCUCCUGGGUUUUCAGUGCCUAGCAGGGCACCACCUCCAGGCUUCACAUCUCAUGAAAGACCGGACCAGGCUUUUGACUCCCUAUCUGGGAAUCGUUUGCUUGACACUUCCUCUUUUUUGAGAAAUGCAUAUCAACAACCACAGGUUACAGGAAACAUGGGUAGCUCAACUGAUAUUGAGUUCAUGGAUCCUGCCAUAUUGGCAGUUGGUAAAGGAAGGCUUCAAGGCGGGCUUAACAAUCCAGCUUUAGAAAUGAGAUCAAAUUUCCCAUCACAAUUUAGUCCCUUUGAAAAUGAUGCAAGGCUUCAACUUUUGAUGUCGAGAUCCCUCUCCCCACAACAGAACCUUAGAUUUCCUGACAUUGGAGAUGGUUUUUCUCAUCUUAGUGAUUCUUAUGGAAUAUCUUCAAGGCUUGUUGAGCAAUCACAAGUUAACAAUCUAUCACCAUUUGCCCAAAUGUCCCUCCAACAGUCUAGAAAUGGGCUUGUGUCGAAUGGCCAUUGGGAUGGGUGGAAUGAGGUUCAGGGUGGAAACACUUUGGGCAUGGCAGAGCUCCUUCGAAAUGAGAGAGUAGGAUUUAACAAGUUUUAUGCUGGUUAUGAGGACUCCAAGUUUCGGAUGCCCAGUUCUGAUAUUUACAACAGAACAUUUGGGAUGUAAUUCUUGUGGAAUGGGUGUUUUGACUACUAGUUGGCCAAUGAGUGGCGGAAGCUCAAGGGUGUAUUUGCGUGGUAUUGUGGCCUUGUAUACUCAAUGAUGGGAUUGACUCGUAACUGGUCUCAGUAAGCAGCCGAUGUAGGAUCGAACUCCAAAAAAAAUAUGGGGUUUCCAAUACUGCAGGUGAAGUAAUGUGCUAUAAUCUAUAUCUGACGCAAAUAUUGAAAUGGAGAUUGCAAUAUGUGAUCGGGCUGUUCAUCAUCUGGAAAUCAAGUAUUAGCUCCUUACUAUAGAAGACAAGAAUGCGGUCUUUGCUCUCUCUACUAACUAGAUAAAACCCUUCCCCUUUUCUCCUUUUGAAGUUCUAUAAUACCGCCUUCAAAAGUCACACAUACUGAGGUUAUAUUCAAAUUGAUUUGAACUGAUUUUCUUCUGAUUAUGCUUUGGUGUCUUUAAUAGAACUUUCUCGUAUUGUUAAGUUCUCCAAUAGCUGAUAUACAAACGUUUUGAGUGUUUAGAACGUCCCGACCUAUGUUUGUUGUGCAUGCCAUCUACUUAUAUAGAACUGAAACUGUUUGAUUGUUGGUUGUCUUGGUGCAUGCCAUCACUACCUAGGCUGGCUUAUUGGAUUUGUUUUAUGGGCGCAGUGCAGAUUGUUAUCAUAUGCUAUCUGCGUAAUUAAAACGGAUCUCCUCACUAUUUUUCUAGCAUGAAUAUCAUAAAUCGAUUUGAAGUGUUGACUAUGACUAUA